AUGAAUCCCAGAGUCUCGACAGAGCAGGAAUCCGCGGCAUCAAGUGCCCCUCUUGCAAAGCAGGCUGCCUGUCUAGAAUGUCGGCGCAGCAAAGUCAAAUGCACUCGUGACCCAAAUGCUAGUGUCUGUCGGAAAUGCCAGCAGGCUGGCCUCCAGUGUGUUACGCCUGAGUAUCAUGUUGGCAGGUACAAAGGCGUCAAGAACAAACGCACCGGGCUUGAGAAGGCGAUUUAUCAAGUUGAGCAAGCCUUGAAAAGGUCCAAAGAUGUCGGCCCUAGCCUCAAUCAAGAUGUUGAGGCAGAUCUUCGACAGUUGAUGGCCGCGCCCUCCGCGAAUAGCCCACACCGGCGUCGAGAGUCUACCUCCACCACCCCUAAUACUGCUAGCAAUCAAAUCACUUUUCCUCCCCACCGGGCGAGUCUUAAACCAGAUGAGCUUGCCUUAAAUCAUGCGGAUAACCCGCUUCAGUUAUUGGCAAUGGCAUCUGGACUCCCAGGACAAUCACCCUCCACGAACAUGUCUACCUCACCCGCAGGCCCUGCAUUUGCCUCUCAUCAGGGUUCCGAUGUUAAUGCCACAGACGUUGACCUGACCCAAUUCUUUGGCUCGCUCCAGCCAAGUCUAGACAAUUCUGCAGAUCUCGAUCCUAUCAACAUGGGCCUGGUCACACCUGAGGAGGCUGAAAUGCUCUUCAAUUAUUUUAACGACCGAUUAUCCCACACCCGGUGGGGCUUGGACCCUCUACUCCACAAGGCCGCUUUUGUUCGCUCUCGAUCUGCCUUCUUAUUCACCUCCGUCCUUGCUGCUUCCGCCUUGUUCCUACCAAAGACGGAAGCCCUGUCGAAACGGCUUGCGAACCAUAGAAAUCUACUCGUUCAGAAAGUCACGCAAAACAAGAACAGAUCCGUUGAGAUUGUCCUGGCAUUUUUGGUCAAUAUUCCCUGGAUGGUUCCAGCAAAGCACUGGGCAGAUGAUGAGACGUGUGCGUAUUUGUCAAUGGCACUGACAAUUGCUUUAGAUCUUCAACUUAACAAGAUCGUGGUUCCAUCACCAACAAUUCGCCCUGCUGGUUUUUUGGACCGAGUUGCCAAAGCUGAAUGCAUCGAUAGCGCGAAGGCUCUUCAGUUGGACGGGUUUCCACAAGUGGAGCCAACCUCAUCAUGGGGUCGUCGGUUAUUGAGACUUCGAGAGCGUGUAUGGCUCGCAUUGUUUGUUCUGGAUCGAGGCAUCUGCCUCGCUCGUGGACGUCCUUACGCUGUUCCGAUAGGUCCUCUCGUGGAUAGUUGUGAUACUUGGCAUAUAUCUGAUAUUGCAGAUAGGUGGGACGGUAGCAUCAUCUCUGCUGCAGUGUUGCGGCGUGACCUGGUCCCUCUCAUCAACAGCCUGCGUGAGAUUUGUGAUGGCAGCCAAGGUGUGAGUGGGGGCUCUGCUGCGGUACGGUUCCUCAAAGACAAAAUUGAUCGAUUUUUCGAGCAGUGGUAUGCAGUGUGGUCACUUCAGAUUACCCAAGGAGAUGGACAACUGCCACCCUACGUUGAGAUCCUCGUUUCACACACGAAACUCUCCACCUACUGCAAUGUGGUUAAUCAUCCAACUGCCUCGACAGAUGUCAAACAGUUCUUCCGCGCCGCUGGACUUGCAUCGGCGAUGAACGUCAUGCGGGCAGCGGUUCAAGGCGAGAAUCGGCUAAAGUCGAUGCCAAAUAAUACUGUCAUCAUGGUGUCAUUCGCUGCAUGCUUCGCGCUUGCUCUUGGAACAACCACACUUGGCAACAAGGCAAUACUUGCUCCCAGUGCUCGUUCACUCAUCGAAGACACCACCAUGGUACUUGAACGAAUCGGGAACACGCCAAAACAUCGCAACGGCCUUUCCGUGCUAUUCGCCAAACAUAUUCGCCGGAUUAUGCAAAAUUCCCUUCUCCAACCAACAGAAGACCAGCAUAGCUAUCAAUCCUCAGCUAAUCCCAACUCGAAUAUGCUACAGCGCGACAGAAACGCGCAGUAUACCUCGCCACAUAGCACAGGCAAUCCGACAGGGACCACCACUGAGCCCUAUGUCUUUGACAUGACCGAUGAUCAAAUCCUGGAAGCUAUCAAUAAUGCCAGUGCAUCACAAGAGUUGUUCCAGCUUGAUGAGACUAUGUUCGUGGACUGGUUGGACUGGCCCAAUGUCACCUGA